AUAAUUAUCUGUCAUUCCGUGUACGCUGCUUGUACUGUGCUGCUCCAAUCAUCAGAAAUCACAGGUCGACAAUCGAGACUAAUUCGUCUGGACAAUAAUACCAUCGAUAAUUAUUCUGUACUUGAUCAUUGUGUUGUUAACGGGAUAUGCACUCGGUGGUAGUCAGAGCGUUCGCGUUUUAUAGGAUACGGUCUGGGGAGUAUUUUCUUUUAGCGUCGCCUUGUAGCUAGGAAGAACCUGUGAAUUGUGUAUUGGCAGAUUCAGAGGAAAAAAAUAUACGGAUAAGUGAUAAAAGCAAGGGAGUGGACAUCGCUGCUUGCUUUUAAUUGUUAGGUGGAGGGACAGAUCCAGGAGCAAGGAAGGAGGUUCAUGAGGAACGAACAUCUUGGAUUCAUUUUGACCUGCCCUACAAACCUUUGGACUGUGGUCCGAUGCAGGGUCCACGUCAGGAUUCCGAACCUAGCCAAGGACGAGCGAUGCAAGUCUACCAUGGGAGCUCUACGAAUGAGGUAUCAUCGAGUUGUGUGUAUGACGAGGAAUCACACACAUUGACUAUAUUAAAACAGGUUGAGACACUCCAUAUUGGAAAGGUAGAAAAUGUCCAUGUUGGAGACAUUCAUAAUCAUGUAUUGGAACUCGUCCAGGAUCAAGAGGAGGACUGUGAUGGAUCUACCAGUUACCAAGAAGAUAUGGCAGAUUCAGGAGAACAGAUUAGUCGUCCCAUGACUCUAAGAACAGAUGAAGGGGCGACUCAAACCAAUCCAACAAACCAAGCUUUAACAGUAGUUCGAACUGAGUUUACAGAUCUCGAAUGUGUAGACCUAGCCGAUCUGAUCUGUCCAGAUAACGACUUCCAGAGACUUGGACAUUACUUGGGAUUUAAUGCUCCUGCAUUGAGUAGAUACAGAAGAGAAAACACUGGAGGAGGUUGCCAUGGUGUUUAUAAGAUGCUGGUAGAUUGGAAGAAGAGAUUCUUGAAUCAUGAACAAAGGGAAAAUUUAGCAAAUGCAUUGGAAAACGCUGGACUGAAAGCUCUAGCUUCGAAGGUACGACAUGGGCAAAGACUAAAAUCCUUUUCUGGCCCCCGCCUGAUUUUUCAUCUCAAUCUUGCAUGCCCAGCGCAUCGAACUUCAGUCAACCCAACAAUCCACCGAGGUCACUUCGUUCAGACGAACCAACCACCCGACCAGAAGUUAGUCUUGGUCAAACACGACAUUACCACGGAACACCGAACCAAGUCCUGGAAAUGAUGUCCAGGACAUUGAAUUGUAUAAGCUGUCUCGGCAACUCAGCUCUAAUUCAUAUCAGAGACUAGGACUUUCACUUGGCUUUUCAUUUGAUCAGUUAGACGCUUUUAAAACCAAGAGCUGUAAUGAUAUUCCUAAUGCUGGGCUAGAUAUGCUGACGAAUUUUAAAUCACAAGUGGGUCACAUCCGAAAGGAUGAUUUCAAACAUUCCUCACAACAAAAGCGAAUCUUCCAGUUCCAUCUUUGGUAAAUUUCUGUUAGAAAAUUCUUUGUCAUAACCGUAAUGGCUGUGUAUUAUGUAAAAAAUUGUCACGAAAUACAGUGGAUUAUGCGAUGCAUGAUGUUGUAACUAUAUAAACUGUAUUUGAAGCAAAAAACACGAUAUGAACUAGAUUUGAAGCAAAACAAAACAUGAACUAGAUUUCGAGUCUCAUUCAAGUGAGA